AUGCCAGACGGGUCGGAGUCCGAAAACGUCGCAGACAUAGACAGGACAUUCUCGGAGUACUUCACGAACUUGUUCUCCGAGGGCGACCCGGAUACAGGCGCGGAUGUGUCAAUUAGGGAGUUGGAACCGGAGCUGACCUUGCAUCGAGUGGCCGAGAAGCUGGCCCUUGCCACGUACGACGCGCUGCGAGCCUCCCACGAGCUGCGCUUCAAACCGUCACCGUGUGUCCAAACAGUUCUUCCACGAACAGUAUAUUUCGGGACACGAGCGUCACUACGAAAGCCAAACGAUGUGGCCCGCGCGAGUCGCGAUCUGUGGAAUCUCGAUCGCGUCUGUGUGAUCGCGCGCGCGGCAAGCGCGUCUCAAGGUCUGUCCUCGACGGAGGACGAAGGCGGCAAGAGAGGCGGCCCUUCCGAAGGUGCGACGUCGUCCUUACUCCGGGGCCUCGUGGCCAGCGUGGUUCCCGUGCUGCAGCGGUCCUUCGCUCGUGCCAACGUGUCCGCAUUGUGCACGGAAGCGCUCAUGGACUUCUCCAGGAGGAUACUCAGGAUGGACAUCGCAGCCUGGAGGUUUCUGGACGCGACGGGCAAAUUUCCUUCCGGCAUCCUGGAAGGCACCACGGGGGAUCUGGGUGCUUACGACGAAUGCCUGGCUUCGAGACUCGAGCCGGCCUCCGAAGUCAAGUCCUCACUCUCCUCCCGUGGCCAGUACUGCAGCGUGUUUCUCAAGCCGAAGCAGUCGCGGGCAAUGGACAAGCUCAUCUCACAGCUGACGCGCUACCCCGUCAUCAAGAAGCGGUUCAACUUGACCAUGGCGCGCAAGGCAAUCAGGAAAGGGCGUGUCCGCGGCCUGCGCUUCGGACUUGUCAUAUACUCUGCACUGGCAUUCUGCGUCCUUCUGGGAACGAUACUUGACGUGCUAGAAAGGCUUAAGAAGAACGAGCCUUCUCUAUUGCGUAAGGACAAAAAGGCAGGGGUAUGGACGGUAGCGUGGAAGGCGUUUUCUGCUGCAAAAAACACGGAAUCGCUGCUCAAGGAGACCCCUCCCGAGCACGAGAGCCUGAAGUGCCUGAACGGGCUGCGCUUCUUCACUGCCCUGUGGGUCAUAUUGGGACACAGCUACAACAUACUGGACCCGCAUAUCCUCGGAAGAGGCCUUGGAAUCUUCGAGAUGACGAACGAAUUUUUCUUUUGCAUUAUCGCGAAUGCCUAUCCCAGUGUCGAAUCAUUCUUCGUUCUCAGCGGAUUUCUUCUAGUGUACCAAAUGUAUCCCAAGCUCAAGGACGUUCGCUCAAGAAUAAUGGUUUUCUUGACGGCUGAGAUAAGGCGGUACAUCAGGUUGACAGUGCCCACGGCCCUCCUGUUGGGCUCGGUGUUCCUCCUGCCCUUGGUGGUUCGCGGUCCCGCUGCCGACCAGUGGUUGCCGGGCAAGGUGGUCAACUGUUACCAGAGUUGGCCAGCCGUCAUUCUGCACUACAACAACUGGCUCACGCACGUUCGCAUUUGCUCCGGCCAUUUGUGGUACAUAGCGUGUGACAUGCAGAUAUUCACCCUCGUCUCUGUCCUCUGCAUCCUGCUUUCCAUAAACGCACGGCUGGGCAUCGCCGCCAUGGUAUCCGUGUCCAUUGGCUGCAACGCCUUCAUCGCCUACUUCACGCACAAGGCACAGAUUGGACCUUCACGUGUCAGCUCGGGUGGCGACGUUUCGAAGAUGAUGCAAGCUCUCGACCUGAUCCAUCAGCGACCGUACCCGCACGUUGGAUCGUACGUCGCCGGAGCCCUGGCGGGAUUCGCUUUCCUCCGAUUCCGAAACGUGCGCAUCGGCAGGGUGGCGCAGUUGGCCAUGUGGUCGUUCUCGACUGCAGCCUGCGUGUACGGAGUGUUCGGUGCCUUCAAGUGGCUCAAAGGAGCGCCUCCUACGGGCGCUGACGUGGUGCUCUACAACGGGCUUCACCGGACGCUCUUCGCAGCGGGCAUCGCCUGGGUCCUGUACGCCUGCGCGUCGGGACAUGCCGGCCUGGUCAACCGUUUCCUGGCGUGGGAUGCAUUCGUGCCGCUUGGACGAUUAACCUUUUCCGUCUACCUCGUGCAUUUCUUUGUGCUAGUCGCUACGCCCGGAAUGGCCCGGGAGAGGAUCUACAUCGCGCAUUGGUUUCUGGUCCGUGGCUUCCUGGGCAACGCAGUGCUCAGCUACCUGUUUGGCUGGGCCUUCUACUUGGUCUGCGAGAAACCUUUCUCGAACAUCGAGCGUUCCUGCUUCGACCGCUUCGUCAACCGACGCGGUCGCGAGCAGUCACGAACCAAUGACUCGUGCGCGUCGUCUAUGGUGGUGCUCACCGCUAACCAGAGGAACGAGCUGCUGGACGAGGCAUCUUCUGCGAGCAAGUUACAAGGCGCAGCGGUGCUUGCGUCUGGCGUCGUCGCCACGGACUACGGGGGCUGCUGCCGAAACACACGUUAAUCGGACCC